UGUCCAGAUCCUGGAGAAGGAUCCAGGCCCCAGAUCCCUGGGCCCAGAUCCAGGGAAGGGUAACAGUGACACCCAGCCCAGGUGCUACUACAAUGAUUCUGCUGUCCUGACAGCAACUCUGGGCUCCAGCAUGCCGCGUCUGCCAGGCAAGCACCCAGCUCUUCCUGCAGCCCUGCUGCUGGCUCUGAUGUAGCGUGUGUGGACGGGGAGAGCUGCCAGCUCUUCGCCGGGCUCUCUAACAAGUUCCUCGGGUCUGUUUGUUAAAGAAAAAUUCCAGUGGGCGCAUCCAACACAUGGAACUCAAGUACAGAAAUUAUAUUUAUCCACCCCACUGCCAAGGCGAUCACAUGCCCUGUGAAUCACUCCAGAUGUGCUCAAAAACAGAGCCUCUGUGUGGACGCUCCAGCCCCCAACCCCAGGGAGCGUUGGAGUAAGAAGGUGCCGGCUUCGUCCCACCCAGAGGUGGCCGUCUGCUCCGCCCUGCAGAGGCAGAAGGAGGACACUGCUGAGCUCCUGGAAAGGGAGGGUAGUAAGAACCCUGUCUCCUCUCUGGGCUGAACUCAGGAGCCCACCUGUAGCGACCGGGUUCUCCGUGGGUGUGAGGUCGAGUAGAGAAAGACAUGUGUUGGAAGACGCUGCUGCUCCUGCUGUUGUACUACAACGCUCAGGCCACUGUGUCCCACAGGUGGAGCAGGGCGGUACUCUUCCCUGCUGCCCACCGGCCAAAGAGGUCCUCCUCCGUGCCGCUGAACCCCAUCCUGCAGACCUCCUUGGAGGAAGUGGAGCUGCUUUACGAGCUCCUGCUGGCAGAGCUUGAGAUCAGCCCAGACUUGAAGAUUUCUGUCAAGGAUGAGGAGCUGGCCUCCCUGCGGAAGGCCUCAAGCUUCCGAGCCAUCUGCAACGACGUGAUCCCCAAGCGCAUCCCCGACAUACGCCGGCUCAGCGCCAGUCUGGCCAGCCGCCCUGGCAUCCUCAGGAAAGAAGAUUUCGAGCGGACAGUGCUGACCCUAGCCUACACGGCCUACCGCACUGCACUGUCCCAAGGGUACCAGAAGGACGUCUGGGCCCAGGCCCUUGUUAGCCUCUUCCGGGCGCUGAGGCAUGACUUAAUUCAAUCCUCAAGUCCCACAGUGUCCCUUUCAGAGCCUGAGCCACACCAGGACCUCAAACCAGGGACCAACACACAAUAACCUAGAAAGCUCAUCUUCUCCUCCAAGUACAGAGACAGCCAACAAAACAUGUAACAGAGCAGCGGGAUACAAUGAGACUGUGCCAUGGCCCAUCCCUGUGUGACCUGGGCUGCCUUAAAGAGCUGUGGAGCUCAUCCAAGGUGCCACCAGAGGCAGCACAGCUUGCCUGGGACACUGGGAAAUCUAAGAUUGCUCCAACAUAAAGCAAUCAACAGUCACCCAGAGGGCCGGCGCUAGAGAAGACACCAAGCAGUGUGGUUUGGCAGGAUAAUGGGACAGAUUUCUUGGAUUCCAGGGCCCAGGGCACUGGGCUGAAUGAACCUUUUCCCAAAGGCUCCAUAGUAAUUAUAAAGAAGGUAGAGCUACACCCCAAUAAAUACAACAUUCACCAAUGACAAACUUGGCUUUCUCAAAAGCCAUCAAGAGAAUCUCUUAGAAAAUCAGUAGUUUUACUGAGCUGCUUGUCUGGACUUGUCUUUUCUGAAAGCUAUUGUCGUGCAGAGGAGGAACAGGAAGAGGCUCCAGAAAUGCCACCGCUCCCUUCUUGCCUGUCCUCUGAGCAAAGACACCAAGAGAGGCUCCUAACCAAGCAACAGCCCUGCCUGUCUGUCCUAACUUAGCUUCCUCAGCCUUCAGUGCACCAAACAAAAGUGAUUCUCAGGUGACAGAAUUUGACCCUUUCAAAUGCCAAUGUUUUCAUUUUAGAAAUAUUGACUUGACAUCAAUUUUAAAUACAUAUGAUAGCAAAAAAAAGCGUAAGAGCGUAAGACGUUUUAUGCACACUUAAGUAUAA